GGACAAAUCCGAAGGGCGGCGGAAAAAGCCGAGGCGAAGCCCCGGAAGCUUCGCCGUUACUGGUCACUGUCAGCCCGUUGUUUGAGCGAUGUGCUCUGUCUUCCGAUGCGCCACCCUGUUGACUGCGGGUUUAAUAUAAAUGGGACUAGACCUAUAUUAACAAGGAGUUACUCACGUACGAAAUAAAGACCACACAGGUGUCAGCCAACAUCCCCAUCGUGGCGUAUGCGCUUCUUCCUUAAUGGUGCUCUGCACACCACAGCAUGUUGUUAUAAAGCUCAGUAAUAUCAGGGCAGGAUGCAGUCUUCAAACCACCGACUACGAGACAUGGAGCAGCACCAUCCGCUGCUUUCAGCCGGGGCAGACGUGGAGACGGGCAGCCUGGGAGCCGGAGUGAUGGUCGGAGGUCCGAACUCGGGCCACACGGCGGCGAACCGCACGGUCUGGUUCAUUCAGGACAGCUGCGGCAUGGUGUGCGCGACCAUGACCUGGUUCCUGGUGCUGUACGCCGAGUUCGUGGUGAACUUCGUCAUGCUUCUGCCCGCCAAGAGCUUCUGGUACUCGCUGCUGAACGGGGCCACCUUCAACUCCCUGGCUGUGCUCGCGCUGGCGUCACACCUGCGCACCAUGUUGACUGACCCGGGUGCAGUCCCUAAGGGCAAUGCAACGAAGGAGUACAUGGAGAGCCUGCAGCUGAAGCCUGGUGAAGUCAUCUACAAGUGCCCAAAGUGUUGCAGCAUCAAACCUGAAAGAGCACACCACUGCAGUAUUUGUAAACGAUGCAUUCGGAAGAUGGAUCAUCACUGUCCCUGGGUCAAUAACUGUGUGGGAGAAAAGAAUCAGAGAUUCUUCGUUCUUUUUACUAUGUACAUAGCCUUGAUUUCAGCCCAUGCUCUGGGUCUAAGUGGAAUGCAUUUCUUCACAUGUAUUAAGGUGCAGUGGAACGAGUGCAGUAACUUCUCACCAGGGGUGUCGGUUCUGCUGCUGAUCUUCCUCUGUCUUGAGGCCAUCCUCUUCCUCACUUUUACAGCUGUGAUGUUUGGCACUCAGAUUCACUCUAUCUGCAACGAUGAGACGGAGAUCGAGCGUCUUAAAAAUGAGAAGCCGACAUGGGAGCGUCACAUGAGAUGGGAUGGAAUGAAAUCCGUUUUUGGGGGUCCGCCGUCUCUUCUGUGGUGCAACCCGUUCACGGGCCUGCGUCUGCGGCGUCUGUUGGUGGUGACCCAGGGCCGCCGUGCCGGCUCAGAGUUCUCCGUCUGACGACCUGGACCGAACGAUGGAGAUCACCCACACGUCAGCUGUGUCUAAAGCAGGAUUUCUUAUUUGCCCGCCUUGUGACGACUAAGACUGCAGGGCGAUGCACAGGCUGCUACAGUGGGACCCCAGGGCAUCAUGACUCUCCCUCCCACUGGCCGUUUAACAUCCAACACUAUUUUGUGUUGUUCUGCACUUGUGUUCUCAAUAAUCGGGCUGUUUGUUCUUACUAUGGGGCAGCAUUUUGAUUUGUUUGUAUGGGUUUUUGGAAAAGCACGUACCGCGGAAAACAAGCGAGACUUUUGUUCCUGAUAUUCUAAGUCAUGUUGGAGAUGAACAUAUGGGAUUCAGGCGGUGUGUUCUUUGUCAUGGGCGAUGUGAACAGCGUAUCAUCCAUUGUCUCUGAAAACCAGACGAAGGAAUAUCAAGAGGAGAAAUGCUCAGUGCUCAUCUGGACCGGGGCGUGGGAAUCACAGUCCAGGAUAUGCACUACCUUCGUUAAGACAGCUCCGUGUGUGGAGCAUGGGGAACAUCGGCGAUUAAACUGCGUGAAUGAACUAUGCGCUCUGACGUGCAUGUACAACAGACCAAUCAGUCUGCCUGGAACUGGCCAUCUGUCAGCGAAACAGACCAUUGUGAACACAAGCCUUAGUCAAGAGGACCAAAUGGCUUUUCUCUUGAGUUCGUCCUCUUCGUCUUGUAAUUUCUCUCUUUGAGCUGAUUUUUUUUUUUUUUUUUUUGGUUACAUGAGCCUGUAAAAAAUAUUAUUCCAUUUUUGAGUGCUGAAGCCUUAUCACCAUGACCACUCCUCAACAGCUACCUAGGACUGCUUGAUGGAAAUGACUACUGCUGUCCUGAUAAAGUCGAUUUCUGUGCCCGUGGAUUUGCCGCCACUCACCCCUGCCUGCGUGCUGCUUGACAUCUCUGGAGCGUUUCUACAAAACAAAAAGUCAGAUCACUGAAAUGCCUCCCGGUGGUUUCGUCGCAACGUUUUUGCAGGCCGUGGAUCGAAUGUUACUUGGUCCGAAUUGUUUACUUUUAGUGUUUUUUUUCUUCGUGCUCUCAACAUGAGGACACCUCUGUAACUAGUAGGAAUCUCCAAGAACGUGAUCAUGAGAUUGCAUUGCAUUGCAUUCAAACACUGAAACACAAGCUGCUCAAUAUGAAGCCAAGUCUGAGACAUGGUUGGUUUGCAUGCUGCUUGGCAACUGUGUGGUGCGACAUCUUGUUAGCAAGGACAUUAGAACACUAGCACAACAUUGAACCACAAAGCCAUGCCUUUUUUUUUGUUUUUGUGAUGUCCCAAAAGACCAGAAUUAGUUUCAUUAUUCAAGCUUUAAUACUGAACCAGGUUUUAGGAAGCUCCAUAGAUGCUUGCAAGACUUUUUAAUUUGUCCAAAAGUCUAACCUCAGCAAUAUGUGUCAGCGGGGCAGGGGGUGGUACCUUUCAGGUGUUGUACCAGAGCACUUAAGCUGUUGAAAUGAUCUAUUUAUGAAGACGCCCACCUUUGAUUCUCCCCCUCGACAGAAGUGGUCAGUCUGGAAGCAUUUGAGACUGAUGCCUCCUGAAUUUAAAGUUAAGUAUUGUCCAAGAUGCUGGUAGUGCUCAAGUAUUGUCAAAUGAAGCCUUUUAAGUCAUGUUCUUAGUUGUUGAACGAUAUACUGCUGUUCUCGUCUGUGGUGGUCGGGAGAGGAAAAUCUCAGCUGUUUACAUUGCAUAUAAUUAAAACCUCAAAGGAUGUGAGGACUUUCCUUUUUUAUGUUUUGUUUUUAGAAAAAACGCUGUCCUAAGAAUGUAAAACCUACCUACUAUAUAGGAUCAGGGGACAGAGCACUGAGCGCACAGUGAUAUCAGGGGACUUUCCUAAUGCUGGCCUCUCAGUUCUCCAUUUGUUUGGCUGGUCUGCAGAGAGAGAUUUUAAAUAAACUGUUGACAGAUCAAAGGAUGACGCUGGUAUACUUGUUUAUAUUCAGAACUGUUCAAACAGCAUGUUUAAAGGGCCUAUAUCAUGCGAAGCCAACUUUUUUGAGCUUAUAACUAUGUUAUGAUGCUAUUCUUUCAGCAUAAUCAUGUCCAAAGUGGAGUUUUGCUGGAUUCAUGCAUGUCUGACUAAUCCUUCCCUGUCCUGGAAAACGAGUGGCCAUAACCGGCCUACAUAGAGCGGUCAUUAUCAGCCCCCUGUAUUAAGUACCUACCUUGACCAUGCCGCCCCUGCUCAGUAAAUAACAUCAAUGUGCGGUGAGGCAGAUAAUUUCUGCUCAACGUAGAGACGAAGUGGCUCUUUUAGCACCUAGUCUGCGCAGCGACAGCCACUGCUCUUAUUUGAUACCGUGCUGCGCUGCCUGUAGGGCGACCCCCACAUGGGGAGAGGUGGUAUCACAGUGAGGGCAAGCAUCUUUCUUCCGAGUUGGAAAACUAGCACCACAAAACAACUAAUAUUUCAUAACAAAUGAAUAUUCCGUAGUGCCAAAAGCAAUAUUUCAUCAUAUAUAUGCCUAUAGUUGACUUCGGAAGGCUUAAAAAAGCAUGAUAUAGAACCUUUAAUAACAAGCAAAAAAUUAACCCUAUUUACAUGAGUCACUGAAGGAUGGAUUGUUAAAGAUUUGACAGAAAUCAGGAAGUAUGCUGUAUUAUGUGAUGGAUGCACAAAUAGGUUGCUAGUCAAGCAUUGCAGAAAGAUACCAUGUGACUAAUUCAAUUAGUGAAAAUAAAAGACUGUGGAGGGAAUGGUAUUGAGGCUAAUUUAAAAUUAACCUGUUAACAAAUUAUGGAGUUAAUAAUGCUCGGAUAAUUUUGUCUGAUGUUUUGUUUUCCCCCCAGAAAGGCUUAAACUGAUCUUUGUGUGUGACUUCAGUCACUGUGAUGAGAUGCUUGUUGGACGUAAUGCAGUGAUACCGGUACAACACUAUCCCCUCAAAGCUGUUUUUCAACAGAAAGUUGCAGGUUAAGAAAGUUUAAGUUUUUUUUUUUGCGAUGUACAGUAACAGGAUGGAUGUUUUAAUACAUAUUUAUAAUAAAUUCCACCAUAACCAGUUAUGGGAGACUGGGCUUUCUCUCUAGGGGGAAUAUUUCGUCUAGAACAAAUUUUCUUCAGCUUUAUUAACAAAGUAUAAAGGUAACUAUUAACAAUAUAUAAACUGAAUGUUGAGUUUUGUUUUUAUUUAAACUGUGUCCAAUUUUUGUCAUUCUUAAUGUCAUUCUUUUCCAUAAUAAAAUUGAAUAAAAUAAUACCUUGUGAAAGAAGUUUAA